CACUUCACACACACACACACACUCCACCACAGAAACUAUCUCCAUCUCAACUCAGAUGGGUCCCUCACCAGACACCGUGACUUCCCCAAACUACCCCCGACCGAACACUCCAAAGACAUCCCUCUAAACCCAAACAACAAAACCUUCAUCCGUCUCUUCAAGCCCCGCAACAUCCCCCCGCCGGAGACCAAACUCCCCAUCCUCAUCUACUUCCACGGCGGAGGUUUCAUCCUCUACAGCGCCGCCUCCGCUCCUUUCCAUGAAUCCUGCACCAAAAUGGCCGACCGUCUCCAGACCAUGAUCCUCUCUGUCGAAUACCGCCUAUCCCCAGAGCACCGUCUCCCGGCGGCGUACGACGACGGCGUCGACGCCAUCUCAUGGCUCCGAGACCAAGCUCGCAACGGAGGGGACCGUGACACGUGGCUGAGCGACGUUGAUUUCUCGAGAUGCUUUGUCAUGGGAUCGAGCUCCGGCGGGAACAUCGUGUACAGCGUCGCGUUGCGCGUCGCGGAGGCGGAUCUCUCUCCGGUUAAGAUCCGAGGGCUGAUAAUGAACCAAGCUUUCUUCGGCGGCGUGGAACCGUCGGAUUCGGAGUCGCGUCUCAAAGACGACAGGAUCUGUCCGUUGACCGCGACUCACUUGCCUUGGUCGCUUUGUUUGCCUCACGGUGUGGAUCGUGACCACGUGUACAGUAACCCGAUCAAGAGCAGCGGGGCGGAGGAGAGAGAGAAGAUGGGGCGGUUUCCGUCGACUCUUAUUAACGGUUACGGUGGUGAUCCGUUGGUUGAUAGGCAGAGAGACGUGGCGGAGAUGCUGAAGGCACGUGGGGUUCACGUGGAGACGAGGUUUGAUAAAGAUGGGUUUCAUGCGUGUGAGUUGUUUGAUGAGAACAAAGCUAAGGCUUUGUAUGAUACAGUUGAGGGUUUUAUGAAGAGUUGUUCGAUGACUGCACCGUCGUCCAACAUGUAGUAGUACGUUGUAAUGAUGUUCUUAUGAAAUUAUCUACCAUAAUAAUGAAAUUAUGCAUGCAGUAUAUCAUGUACUUGUUGUUUUUUUGUUUGGCUGACGGAUCUCUCUCCUCUCCUAGAGAAAGAGUUCUCUCUCGACAAUCGUUCCUCUCUUAUCAAAUUUCUAUCUUUCAGAGAGGCAAAGAUUUUUGAGAGUGAGAGAGAUCCACUUUUUGGUU